AUGGCGCUGUUAUUGGCGUUCGUGAUGGGGCUCCCGGCGACGGGGUGGGCGCAACAGCCCGCAGAGGGCGAAGGAGAAGCUGCGGGCGCCGAGGGCGCGCCGCAGGAAGGCGAACCAGCUGCUGACAGGGUGGAUGACAAGAUCAGCUCUCUGAUUUCGGAGCGCGUCGACGAUCAGACCAGAAAGCGCCUCAAGGAAGAGGGGCGCGUGGUGCUGAUGCCAAGCUUUGGCGAGAUCCGCAAGCGGCUCGCCGGGCAGGGGCAAUCGAGCGCGGUGAUCUACGAGGCCGAGACCCUCUAUACUCAGGGCAUCGGGCUGUUGACUGCUGGUGAGAACGAGCAGGCGCUCGAGGUCUUCCAGCGCUCUGUGGAGUUGAUGGAGGCCAACCUCUCCGACUUGCAGAACUACGAGGUGCUGGCCGACGCGCUCGCCAACCUCUCGCUCGCCUACUUCCUCUCGGGCUACGACCUCGAUGGUCGAAAGCGGAUGAAGCAGUUCGCGCACUUGCGCCCUGCGGCGACGCUCAACCCCGAAAAAUACCCCAAGGAUCUGCUCGAGGUCCUGGCCGAGGAGCAAGCCAAGGUCACAAAGGCUGGCCCCGGUAAGUUGACCAUCACCUCGAACGUCGAGGGCGCCGCUGUGUUUAUCGACGGCGUGGUCAAGGGGCAAACCCCGGCGACGGUCGAGGAUGUGGGCUUCGGUUAUCACUACCUCGUCGUGCGCGAUGGAAAGGGGGGCGUGUUCGCCUCUCAGAUCCGCGUGCGAGGGAAGGGCAAGGAGCAAACGAUCGAUGCUCAGAUCGCGAGCAGCGGUGGCGCGGUCGCAGGCGGGGAAGAGGGCGCUUCGGACGAGAUGCCCUCUUACUACGUCGAUUUGCUGACGCAGCUUCGCAAGGGCGUCUUCGACGCCAACGAACUCCAGCCAUAUUUCUCGGAGUUGGCCAAGCAGGCUGGCGCGCCUUACCUCGGUUGGGUGUUGAUGCACAAAGAUCCUGCCGGCAACUACAUCGCCACGCCAUUUGUCUGGCGCGCGAAAGACAGCAAGUUGAUCCAGGUCAAGGACACGAAGUUCAACUUCGAGCUCUCCAACCUCACGCUCGGCGUCAACCAGAUGUCCAAGGAUAUCGCCGAGGCGCUCGAGACGAUGCCCGAGGAUCAGGCGGUCGUGCAGGUCUCGCUCAAGACCACGCCAGUGGCCACGAAUACGGGGACGGGCACCGGGACUGGUACUGGUACCGGCACCGGGACUGAGAAGAAAGAUCCUGUGGUGAUCGCUGGUACGGGGACUGGAACUGAGACGGGCACCGGGACUGGCGUUGGCACGAGCACGACGCUCGAUCCUCCACCAGAGGUCACGGAGGUCGAUCGUUCGAAGCGCCGCAAGUUGAUGCGCAAUGUGGGUGAUGAUGGCGCGGAUACGUUUGUAUCUGGGAUGCCCGCGUAUCAGGACGCGGCGGUGGUUUCGGUGCGCGUCACCGAGCCGGGCGCCGGACGAAUUUUGGAGGAGGCCAACGGUGAAAUCUCGGAGCGCUCGGUGCGCAUUCCGGAUGUUCCGUUUGGCACGGGCCUUCGCCUCGAGAUGGAUAUUCUCAAUGGCGCCGGCGAGGUCCUGGCCUCUGGCGCGACGCCACAGUUCGACUUCGAUGAGACGCAGUCAUCGCGCGAGCUUCGCAUGAUGGUGAUGCCGCUCAAUUCGUUCGCGCCGGCCGGUUCGGUCGUCACGGGGCAGGAUAAUCAGCAGGCGUUUAUCCAGAGUAGGAUGGAUUACCGCUCCGCGUUCGAGCUCUCGGGAGGAGAGACUGAUAUCUGGCUCGGGAGGGUUGGGCACGCGGCGGUGCCAACGAGCGAUGGCAAGGUGCUCGUCGUCGGUGGCGCCAACGUCACACCUGGCACGGCCCCUGGCGCUAUCCCCAAGUUCGACAACGUCUACAGUGAUUUGCAGAUCUUUGAUCCGCGCACCGGUUACUUUACUGACCUGAGCUAUGAUGAAGCCAGCGAUCAGGUUCGCCCUGACGGCGCGGAUCGUCUGGUCGAUGCGCGCGCCUUCCACACGGUGACGCCUAUUGGCAACGAUCGCUUCAUCGUCUCGGGCGGUUACAACACGCUCGUCGACGUGACGCGUCCUGUGCGUUCGCUCGAGUUGAUCGACCUGAACGCCGAGCCAGGGCAGCGCGUCCAGCCAGUAACGGAUAGCACUGGCGUGAACCCGCUCCAGACGCUCGCGCCGCGUGGCUUCCACGAGUCGGUUUAUCUCGAGGACUCAGGGUUGCUGCUUAUGAUCGGCGGCAUCGGCGAGGGGAGCGAGGACAUCAUGGGUGAUAUCGAGGUCAUCGAUAUCGCCAACCAGCGCGUCCUCGACCAGCGCUUUCCGCUCAACACCGCACGCACCGAUCACCAGGCCGUCCCGCUCGCUGAUGGUUCGAUCUGGAUCAUCGGAGGCCGCAACAACGACGCGGUGCUCGGCUCGACCGAGAUCGUGACGCCCAAUGGCGGCGGUUUCGACAUCACGCCAGGGCCUGCGCUCAAGCAGGCGCGCUAUGCUUUCUCCGCGGCAAAGAUCUCGCAAGGCGAUGGCACGCGCGUGGUGGUCCUUGGCGGGUUCACCUCGCUCGAUGGCGAACCGACGGCGACCUACGAGGUCGGCGUGAAGGGGCUCGAGAGCUUCGUGUCGGGGCCGACCUGGGCGUUUGGAAUGGCGAGGGGCGGGUUGCAAGCGCUGGUGUUGCCGCAGACGCAGGAUAUCUUGUUGUUUGGUGGUCGCGAUGCUUCGAACAAUACGAUCGGGAGCGUGGAGCGCCUCCAGUUCCUCGGUCUCGACGAGCCCAACCCCUAUCAAUUGCUCGCGGCGGACAUCGGUUCGUUCGUCGUGGAUCGUCGGGAUGCGACGUUCUCGUUGAUGACGAGCGGGCAGGUUUUGGUCGUUGGAGGGGAGGGCAAGGUGCGGGAUGUAUUCGUCGCGCUCGACAGCGCCGAGCUCUACAACCCGCGCGACCCCAUCGUGCCUUGA